AUGCCGUUUCCCCCGCCGCCUGUAGAAUCCAUUGAUUGGGACAACAUAGGCUUCAAAGUCCGCGAUGUCAAUGGCCACAUCGAAUCUUAUUACAGCGUCAAUACCGGCAAAUGGAGUGAACCCCAAUUCGUCGCGGACCCUUAUCUCCGCAUACACGGCAUGGCACCUGCCCUGAAUUAUGGCGAGCAAGCAUUUGAAGGGAUCAAAACAUUUCGAACACCAGACGACCAGAUAGCUAUCUUCCGCACGAUGGCCAACGCAAAACGAAUGGCCCACUCUGCCGGAUUUGUCGCGAUACCCCCUGUACCAGAAACACACUUCGUCAAAUGCUGUCACCUAGCAGUAGGGCUCAACGCGGAACAUGUCCCUCCUCAUCGUACCGGUGCUUCCAUGUACAUCCGGCCCCUGGUAUAUGGAAGCUCCGCACACCUCGGACUAACCCCGCCCGAAGAGUUUACCUUUGUUGUCUUUGUGGUACCGGUUGGCGUCUUCCAUGGCGUUCAUCCCGUCGACGCCUUGAUUCUUGAGGAGUUCGACCGAGCUGCGCCGGAAGGUACAGGAUCCGCUAAAUUAGGAGGAAACUAUGGUCCUGUCCUGAAAUGGAGUGAAAGAGCAAAGAAAGACGGUUUCGGUAUCACGUUGCACUUAGAUAGCAGAACAAAGACCGAGGUUGACGAGUUCUCAACAUCUGGCUUCGUUGGAGUGCAUAAAGAAGGAGAAAAGUAUACAGUGGUUGUGCCAGACAGCAAAAGUGUGAUCAAGAGCGUCACAUCCGACAGCGUCUGCGAGAUCGCAAAGUCUUUAGGCUGGAAGGUGGAAUGUCGAUCAAUAAAGUACGAUGAAAUAUCCACCUUCACCGAGAUCAUGGCCGCUGGCACGGCUGCGGCGCUGGUACCUAUCAAGUCUAUCACGAUGAGGUCGAGGAACGACAAAUUUAUAUAUCAAGGCGGAAGCGAUAAGCCUGGACCGGCGUGUGAGAAGCUCCUGACUACACUGAAGUCGAUACAACAAGGCAAGAUAAAGGACCCCUUCGGAUGGCUGGACUACGUGAAAGAACCUAAAGGGUUCCCGAGCAUCAAUGGAGCGUCAACGGACGGCGUGAACGGCGUGGACGGUAGUGUAGACGAGCUACCUUAG